AUGAAUAAAAUCAAGAUGAACAGUCUUCAAAAUAAAGUAUCCUGAAAUAUUUAUUAAGAUAAUUCCAGUCAUUAAGGAUGGACUUAAUACAAUCAUAUAAACUCCAAGUGGAACUGGUAAAACUUUCUGCUAUAUCCUUCCCAUACUUGAAUAGAAAAAAUCUAUUGUUUUAACUCCAACCAAAGAAUUAGUCAUAUAAACUUAUAAGCAAAUAAGAGAAUUAGAUCCUGAAAUUAGAGUUAACAGAAUAGGCUCAAUAGGAUUUAUAGCCCCUAUUGUUGAAAUGAUUGUAAUAUCAUUAAUUAAGAAAGAGCGAUUAAGAAGCAAGAAAAUUAAAUUCUUAUAAUAAAAAUAGAUUGUAGAGAAUGAAUAAUUCUUUGAGACACUUAUUAGAUUGGAAUUUAAUUGACAUUUGCAUUUCAACUCCUGCUUAAUUAGCUCAAUUUGUUAAAUCAGGAUGCAAAAUUUAAGAUGUCAAUUGCUUAGUCAUUGAUGAAGCAGAUCUAACAUGGGGGUAUCAAUAAAAUAUUAAUUAUAGAGAUGCAAGUUUUAGAGAAAGUGUAUAUACUAUUUAAAGACAUUUGAAUAUAAAUUAAUUUGUACUUUGCAAUUCUGUAAAUAAUAUAAAAGAUGAAAAUGAGUUGAAAUCUGUAGAUAGAAGCAAAUUUACAUUUUAUAUUUCUAAAGACUACAUGUAAUUUCCAAAAAGAAAUUUUUAAUUUAUGGACUAGCCACUUCAAAAUUAUUUAGAAAAUCAUAAAACAAUAAUAUUUGUGGAUGGAGAAAAACAAUGUUAAGAACUUAAAAAGGAAUUUGGAUUUAAUCUAUAUUUUCAUUCUGGUUAGUCUGUUGAAGAUAGAAUUCGGAAUUUAGAGUAAUUUAGAACACAAAAUUAGAAGUAAUUUAUUUGAAUAUAUAAAAAGUAUUUUAGUUUGUACAGGCCUUGGAAGUCGAGGAUUAGACUUUCCUGAUGUCACUUAAGUAAUUCUUUAUGAUAUUCCAAGAAAUUAUGAAUCAUUUCUUCUCUAGUGUGGAAGAUUAAGAUAAGAAAAUGGAAGAAGUAAUAUAUAUUUAAUGAAUUUUAAGUUGUUGUAAGAUUAAAAAAUUCUUUUGAUUCAGCAGUGUAUAGCGAGUAUGAAAGAUAUUAGUAUGAGUUCCCUAACAAUUGUGUAAUAUUGUGA